AUGGAUGCUUUGAAGAAACAGUUGGAUGACAUGAAGGAAACUUUCACCUACCGCAUGAGAGACUUUCAAAAGGAUCUACAAAAGGGAAACUCUGAUACGGCAAGUCCAUCAAGCAGGCUGGCAUCUGACUUUGCAGUUUUCCGCACAUUUGUCAUGACAUCCCUUGAAUGUCUACAGAACCAGAUGGAGCUUUUGUCCCGCCUUGCUGAUCAGAUGGAAACUAGAAGUCGGGGUAAGAUUCUUCUUAUACAUGGGGUACCUGAGUCUAAAAACGAGAACACUGCAUCGCUUGUUGCUACUACACUAGCGAAGCAUCUCUCCGUUACUACAUUGACCCCUGACACUUUCUCUAAAUGUCACUGA